AUGGCCAGGAGCACACCAGCGGUGCCGCCCUUGCGCCAGAUACCUCUUGUUACCGUUCAAGGGACACCGACAAGUGAAAGUGCUGACGAGAAAAUAUCAAAAGAGUCCCUCCGAGUCAUCGACACUGCAGUCGAGAACAAGGCUCUUCGUCCUGUACAAGUACAUGACGGCUUAAGGAGCUCUCCGCCUCGAAGCCUGACCAACGGGCACAUCUUCAAGCUGUAUACUGGCCCCUUUUUCGACACAACUCUAUCUGAGGGGGAAUCCGGUCCUUGUCACAACACUGAGCAUGCCAUUAACCAUGCCAACUUCCCUCCCAAGUCACCAACCAACCUCGAGACGCCUCCGUCAAACUCCCGCCUGGAACUCGCCACCCUGGCGAUCCGCGCCGUCCCCAAGGUCAUACUAACGCACCGGCCACGCCGACAAAUCCCGUCUUCACCACCCCGCUCCCUUCCAGUUAGACAUGAUGAACCCGCUCCCUCCUCCUCCUCCUCAUCAUCCUCAUCCCCUCCCAACUUUUCCAAAUCCCUCCUCCUCCACCAUCCACAAACCCAACACAGAUACCCGCACUACAGCUCACCGCAAGCGGCACUCCUCCUAAACACCCUCCGGUCCUACCUACUCCUGCCCACAACAACAACCGGCACCGGCACCGGCACCAACAGUCCAGAAAGCCCGGGUGCCCCAGCAGCAGCCGAGGUGCUAGCAGGCCUCCUUCUGAAAUGGCCGACGCUGCGGCACAACCUCGCGCGCCGCAACCCCGGGCUCGCCGCGCAGAUCAACGUGCUGGACUGGCGCGGGAUCGAGGCUGGUCUGCCUGAGGGGUCGUUUACCCGGAAGCUGGUUGAGGAAUGGAUCUACUGUGGUGAUGCUGGGUCGGGCCUGUUUGGGGAGUGGGAGUGGCCUUGGGAGUGAAGUGAAAGUGAUACCUGGAGGCGAAGGGGUGGGUGUGGGAUCUGCGGGGAAGGGAAUGUUAAG